AUGACCAGUUUGAACGAACAAAUCGAACACCCUUCAUUUUUCUGGAAUUGCCUCGCCCUCCAAGACGAUUGUCCAUUCUAUUCAUCGAUAGAUCCAAAACUUUAUUACUUCGCUGUGGGACUGACUUGCAUAUACGCCGCAUUUUUCGUAAUAAUCCUGGCUGACCUUCAAUUUUAUUGGUCGCUUGAUGGCUUACAACAAAAAAUUGAUUACUAUUCAAAUUUAGUGCGAAAAAAAGUUAGACGCGUGCAAAUGAACCAGCAGAGAUUAGUAUCUACACAGGAAAGAACUGAAAAGCAACUGAAAAGAAGUCGCCAAAGUACGGGAAUUAUCACCGGAUUAAGAGGAACUCUGUCGAUGGAUGAGACUCCGACACAUUCUUUGCUGGCCAUUUGUGAAAAUGAAACUACGAAAUAUCCAACAUAUUGUAGCAGCCAACAUGCCAUUGAAUUUUAG